AUGACCGCCGCAGACGACGCAGCAUUCCUAGCCACCUCACCCCAACUGACCGGCCACGUCACGCGCGUGGGCACGAUGCGCAAAACCGUCCGCGUGUCCCGCCGCAUCCAAGUCUGGGACAAAGUCCUGCACAAGAACUGGAAAAAGACGGCCCACGACCUGGUCCACGAUCCACAGGACAUUCUGAACGAGGGGGACGUCAUCACCUACGGGCCCUUCCCGCCCAGCAUGCAUGCGGCGCGCGAGCAGAGGGGCCAGACCGAAACUGACAGUCGCGUCCGCUAUGUGUUGAGGGAGGUGGUCACGCCGUUCGGGUCGCCCGUGGAGGAGAGGUCGAGUAGAUUGGUCGGCAGUCCCGAGGGGAGGUGGCGUGGAACGCCGGGCCAUGUGCCGGUGCAGAAGGUGGUGAGUAGGACUAGAGGCAAGGAUAAAGGGAGGGUUGAUGUGCCGUUGCGCUGA